AUGGCUCCCGUCGCAGUUUCUUCUCCUCCCAAGGUCGUUGAGCAGCUCAAGACUGUCGCUGCCGAAACUCCCGUUGAAGAGGCUUUCGACAUUCGCUCGUUCAGCCACUUUGACUGCACUCCUUCCAUUGGUACCGAGUUUCGCGCUGUCACGACCGACGAGCGCCCCGCCAUUGGUAUCCGGGACAUCCUCGGCAACGACCGGCGCAUCAAGGGUCUGGGCCGUCUGGUUUCUGAGCGCGGCGUGGUGUUCUUCCGCAAUGCCGUCAUCUCGACCAAAGAGCAGGUCGAGCUCGUCCAGGCUCUCGGCGUGCAGGGUGGCAAGCCCGCCGACUCCGGACUCCACGUCCACCCCCUCACCCUCCCCGACCAGGUUGAGGGUGACGAGAUUGCUCUCAUCUCGAACCGCUUCGUAUUUGGCAAGGCGUUCCAGCGCAAGGGCUUUGGGAUCCUUGACCGCCGUCUAGGCAAGGACGAGUGGCACUCGGACAUUACCUACGAGGCCAUCCCUUCAGACUAUGCCACUCUCCAGAUCCGUACCCUCCCCGAGGUCGGUGGCGACACUCUCUGGGCAUCGGCUUACGAGGCUUUUGACCGUCUCUCGCCCACCAUGCAGAAGUUCCUCGAGGGCCUGACCGCCAUGCACCAGGGCGACGGUUUCCUUCGCUUCGCUGAACAGGUCGGCGUGCCCGUCCGCGAGCCCCGUGGCGCCCCUGGGAACAUUGGCCAGUCGCUUGAGGCUAUCCACCCCGUGGUUCGUACUCACCCCAUCACCGGCUGGAAGGGUCUCUUUGUGAACCGCAACUUUACCAAGCACAUUGUCGAGCUUACUCCCGGCGAGUCGGCCAACCUGCUCAACUUCCUCUUUGACCAUGUCUCGAGCAACCACGACCUCCAGGUCCGGUUCCGCUGGGAGAAGGACUCGCUCGCCAUCUGGGAUAACCGCUGCACCUUCCAUGCCGCCACGGCGGACCUGGAUGACGGCCACCGCCAGGGCACGCGCUCGAUCUCGCUCGGCGAGCGGCCUUACUUAGACCCCGCAUCCCUCACCCGUCGUCAGGCUCUCGAGAAGGCCAAGGAGGCUGUCGAGGGUCAACAGUGA